AUGUUGCUUUGCCCUUCUCUCUCUCUCUCUCUCUCUUGCUUUGUUCUUUCUUUCCUUCUUUUUCUUCAGUUUACUCUUCCUUUUAUUAAAUUUCUUUCGUUCGUUCUUUUGUUCCGGUUUAGUCUUUCUUUCUUUAUUUAUUUAUUUAUUUAUUUUUCUCCAGUCUGCUCUUUCUUUCAUUAUCUUCCUUUCUCUAUCUUUCUUUCUUUUAUGCCAGUCUAUUUUUUCAAUUUUGUUUGUUUGUUUGUUUGUUUGUUUGUUGCUUUCUUUCUUUCUUUCUUUCUUUCUUUCUUUCUUUCUUUCUUUCUUUCUUCUGUCCGUCCUUACUUUCUUUUUCUCCAGUCUGCUUUUUCUUUCAUUAUCUUUCUUUUUCUAUCUUUCUUUCUUUUGUUCCAAUCUAGUCUUUCUUUCAAUUUGGCUCUUUCUUUCUUUCUUUCUUUCUUUCUUUCUUUCUUUCUUUCUUUCUUUUCGCAACCUUUUCCUCUAUUCUUUCUUUCUUGCAAAUGUCUUCCUUUUCUUUUACGCAAUGAGAUAUUUCAGUGCCUUCUCUGCUCCAAAGUUGAAAACACUUCAGGUUAUUUUUGUUCAAAUGACUCUUGUGUAUAA